GUAAGUGAGGGAAUAUCGUGAGGAGGCUGUGUUCAGAUGGCUGCCUGGAGGAUGCAGGAGUCCAGUUCCUUUGAUGCACAAACAGAAGCCAUGCUCUGCUCUGUGGAAGUUUGAACCACCUCCCAAUGCCAGACAAAGCAAAUAACCAUCAACGGCGGCCUGGGUCAUUUUGUGCAUCGCCUUGCGACCCUGGAUUUGUAGGCAUCAAUACAGCGUUCUCUCUGCAGCUUCAUCUUCUGUACAACACAUCUUUGUCCGCCACUAGGAACCAGGAAACUUACAGUAUCUUUGUUACGAAAGAGAACUUUCAUGACAUUAAAUUCGUAAAAAAAUGACCUUCUCAGCAUCCCAAAAUGGAACAGUCAUCGCCAAAUCACCUCAUGUGUCGGAUCCAUCGCUCCAACCCUUCCUCCAACCCUCUUUUGACCCCGUCGACUUCUUGAAUGGUGCCCUGCCCCAUCUCGCAGUUGGCUCACAGGCAUCAUCACAAAGAUCAAGCCAAUCAAUUAAGCACGUAUCGCUGCAAGAAGCGUCUUCCACCGCUCAAACGCAGCUAUCCCAACUCGCCGCGCAGACAACGCGCUUGUGCAAUGUGCUCACCCAGCUCACGGACGACAUCUUGCGGUGCGGCGGACGGCUCGCCUACGAAGUGGAAGUGCUGCGAGGCGAAGCAAUUGGGCUCUCCGAGCUUCUGAACGAUGGAUUGCAAGACGAAUUCAAGCGACUUCUACCAAGCGGGUUGGCUGAUCUAUCCAUAAAGGAGGCGGAGGACGCGCCGCUCCCAUCACAAGAGCCGGCGGCUGAAAAAUCAUCGUGUGGGCCGAACGUCCCGAUCACGGAUCAACCCCCAUCACCGCCCGUACAGAAAGAGAACGGCACAUCUACAACUAAGUCCGAUUUACUUGCGAUCCCGCCUGUUAGCGAUCAAACCGACGCGGUCCAGCUAUCUCUCAAGCAGCUCCGUACCCUCACUUUCGUGCGUGCCCGCCUCGACGCCGUCAUCCGCACCUUCGGCGAAGCCACCAAGUGGUCCGUUCCGCCCUCCGAGCUCUCGCUUGCCUCCUCCUUCAUCUCUGUGUCCGCACCCACCGCACCGGGGUCGUCGACGUCCGUGGACGGACGCUCCGCGGAGGAUCGGGCGCAGGAGUUCGCGGAGCGGCUGCGGGGUGAGGUGGCGGAGUGCAUCGUGGGGCCGGUGGCGGAGCAGAAUGGGUAUCAGGAGGCGAUGAGGCGGAUUGCGGCGUUGAGGGAGCUGGCGGGGGUGUGGAAGGGGACGGCGGAGGAGAAGGCGCGGGGGAGGUUCGUGGAGGGGUUGGUGAGAUUGGCGGAGGAGAAGCAGAAAGUGAGGGAGCGGGAGGGGGCGUAUCGCCGACGGAGUGGGAGCGUCAGGCAGAGCGAGAGGCCGGAAGGAUAUUUGGAACAUUUGGCGAGAUUGAAGGAGGAAGCAUCAUUCACUUGAAUCGGAGCUUCAUGCAUAGGUUUCUUCAUGGAACGAGGGAACUCCGCCAUCGUUAUCUAUGUGGUGACCUA